AAGUUUUCAAAUGGAAAACUGAUUUAAAACUUGUUUAUCUCGUCAGUUUUGUUGUUGGAACCGAGGAAUGAUUCUAAUAGUUUGAAUUGAAUAAAAAUGGCAAUAGCCGUGGAAUUCAUUUUAUCUUUGUUGCUGUUAUCUGCGACUGUGCGUUCGGAAGAUCCAGUUUGGUAUACUUCAGGUGUUAACGUUGCGCCUGAAAACCCUGUUGAUAGAGACUUAACGAACCACUCGCAUAGUGUUCCAUGCGCUACCAUAACCUUGCAUCAGUAUUCAAAUGAAGAUGAGUAUUUGUGGGACGCGGUUCUCCGGUGCACUUACUUUAUAUCAGGAAUUAAAAUACAUCACAGUGACAACGCAGCUCGUGAAAAGUUAUACGGAUUGACGAUUAUGACUAAUUAUCAAGGUUUUAAAACGGUGUUUGCAGACAAUGAAACGCACCUUUCGCAGUGCACAGAAUAUCAUGAACGAAAGGACACACCGCUGGUAUGUAAAGAUAUAAUAGAUGUCGCAUUGGAACCUCCGGUUCAAGCUGACCUUGUUAGACUGAAGUUAAAAUCUAACGUGACCCUCUGUGAGGUAGAAAUCAUAGCAGUCGUCUGCAAACUCCCAAAUGUUCCAAAUGGUGGAACGCAUGGCGAAGCUAAUACCUUACCUGGUUCAUCACUUACCCUGAAAUGUAAUGCGGGCUAUUUUACAAAAUCAUUGACCUCAAUGUGCACUGCACAUGGCACAUGGGAUCCUCAACCAAGAUGUACUAAAGCUUGCACGGUACCACCAUUUCUUAACGGGAAAUACACUUAUGCCAACUCUGAAGCUUUAGUUAUUGGGUCGGUUGUGCGGUUGUUGGUUGACAGCGCAAUCAUUCCACAAUGUGACGAUGGUUAUUAUCUUCAAAUAAAUAAAUCAAGAAGUUGUUUGGCGAACGACAAAUGGUCAGGUGAACACUCAAAAUGUAUUCCCAUUACAUGCAAAAUGAAUGAAAAUGGUGACCUAAGUGGUGCUACCCCCUUGUGUGAAAUAGGUCGAUGCAACUCGUUCGGACCUCUUUCAAAUGGAACACUGAGGUACCAAAAUAACACACUGACAUCAAAAAAAGUAUUUGACUAUAAAACAAGUGAAUUUAAUUUAUCAGUAUGUGAUAACGGUUUCGAACUUCGUGGUUCUGCUGAGCGCACGUGUCUUGAGAAUGGGACUUGGUCCGGCAUUACACCAAUUUGUGAAAAAAUCAGGUGCACAAAUCAAACAAUUCUAACUGAUUUAUUUCAACAAAUCAGGAAAGAACUAUUAUUUGGAGAUGAAUUUAUUGCAAAUUACAACAGCGAACAUUUCCAUCUGGUGAAUGGUUCUUUAAACGUGUUUUGUGCCGCCGACGGAAGUCUAAGAUGGGCUACACAACAGCCAUUUCUUGCUUCUAUAUGUAAAGUGCAAAAUAACGGUCAUUUUCGGGCAAAAACGAGAGAGUGUCUUCUUGACGAUAAGUGUGAGGUAGGAAAAACGAUAACGUUUGAAUGUAAAGAAGACUACCAAAUGAUGCGAACAAAUUCAACCUGCCUUCCUAAUCACACAUGGAGCUCUGAGCCAAUUUGCACUCCACUGUCUCAACCAACACCCAAUGGAGCUAUAAUUGUCGGGUCUGCAGCCGUAGGCGUGGCUGUAAUCGCGAUUGUGAUAGCCGUACUGUUGUUUCUGCACAGAAGGAAACUACGUCAAAGCAAAACAAAAACGCGAUAUGAAAAAGCAGAUGAACCAAAGGAAGAAUUGAAUGUUUAUGCUGAAUACAGUGAAACACACAAUACUGAUCGAAAAAAAGUAGAAGACUCUGCAGAAUGUGCACACGCGUCUAACACGAUUGCUGUAGGCAAAGACGAAUAUGCUGCGAAUCCUAGCGAUCAGUCCUAUUACAGCUUUAAAAGCAGCAAUACAAUGCCGGUCACAGCAAUUAAAGUAGAUGAUUUAUACGACGUUGUUUUAGGAUCGGAGCAUGGUGUUACAAUGAAGAAGCAGUUUCAGGAUUUCCCAAAGGGUUUGAAAGACGACUACAGUGCAGCUAUUCAAAUACAAAACAAACCAAAAAAUAGAUAUAAACACAUUUAUCCAUAUGAUGACACACGAGUUAUUCUUCCAACAGAUGAACGACACUCAGAUUACAUUAACGCUAGUUUCAUACAUGGUUAUAACAAGACACGUGCCUUCAUUGCGUCACAAGGCCCUACGGACGAGAUGCUUGUGGAUUUCUGGAGGAUGGCGUGGCAUCUUGGCUGCGGUAAGAUAGUCAUGCUUACCAACUUGGAAGAGGAAAAAAAGAUGAAAUGUGUACAGUACUGGCCAGACGACGAAUGCAAAGAAUACGAAGACUUCUUAAUAACAAAUCGAGGGACUGAGUAUUUUUCGGACUUCAUCAUCAGGAAAUUAUCCAUACAGAAAAGUUUUUUUAAAAGUUUUCAUACAUAUGGGGAAGAAAGAAAAUUGAUCCAUUUUCAUUUCACUGCUUGGCAAGAUAAAAGUGUGCCAACGUAUGCUUCGUCGCUUGUUCAUUUCCGUCAUAAAGUGGAAACCGCAAUCGUUAAAGAAAAUGGUCCAGUUAUUGUACACUGCAGUACCGGUGUCGGACGGACGGGAACAUUUAUUGCUUUGAAUGUUCUAUCUGAACAAGCCGCCACGGAGGGAUAUGUAGACCCAGUGGGCUGUGUGAGCAAUCUGAGGAAACAGAGGGUCGACAUGGUCCAAACGGCGGAACAGUACAUUUUUCUGCACUUGGCGCUUUUGGAGACGUUGAUGUUGUCCACAUCGGCUCUUCCCUCGUCAAGGUUCCUGGAAGCGUAUGAUGAACUUCUGGCCUUCGAUAAGACCCAGAGGACCCGGGAGAUUGAUGUCGAGUUUUCUCGAAUGAAGAAAAUGUCUCCCGUGAUUGAUGAAUGUCAAUACGUGAGCGCAAAAGAACUAAGGAACAGGAAUAAGAAUCGGUAUUCAAACAUUCUCCCAGCCGCUGAGCAAAUGCCGUACUUGACUCCUUCUGGAAAGAGAUCUGAGCCUGAAUACAUCAACGCUGUAUUCUUACCGGGCUACAAAAAGAAGGGAGCGUUCAUCGUCACCCAGACACCACUAGAGGUGACCAAGACCGACUUCUGGAGGUUGGUGGUAGAACACGAUGUCCAUACAAUCGUCAUGAUGAACAACAAGAGUGAGAUGAAGGAAGAUGAAGUAUAUUGGCCUGAAAAUGAGGAUUCGGAAAUAUAUGAAAACAUGACGAUUACCAAGACAGGCCAGGUUCGCGAGAAAGGAUUGAGAAAGAUAACGUUUGACUUGAUACGGUUUGGACAGACACGAAAAAUUCAGCAAAUACAAUUUGAAGGUUGGCCGGAUGUUUCAGCGUUGCCUUCUUCUCCCAAAGAUGUUUUAAACCUCUAUGAUGCAGUGCAGUACUGGCAACAUCAAUCAGGAAACAACCCUGUUCUUGUGCAUUGCAUGAACGGAGCAGACAGAAGCGGCUUGUUCUGUGUUGCGUCAGCAGUCUUGGAAAGGCUGAAGAUUGAACAAGACGUUGCUAUUACCCAGGUCAUCAAAGAGAUGAGGAACUACAGGGAACAGAUUAUUCCCUCUGUGGACCAGUUUCAGUUUGUGCAUGAAGUAGUCAAGGAAUACAUUCUACUCAAUGAAACAUACUCCAAUUUCACCAAUUGAGGUCGACGGGCUAUCAAUCAAUGGAACAUUAAUAUGGCAACCAUGGGGUUGUUUUGUUUUAUUUAUACGUGGAUAUUGGGAAUGUUAAUGUUGUUUAAAUAGAGUACCACUUCUAUGUGUAUUUUUAUAGUUAUUACAUACUCGAUUACUAUAUGAACAUUUGAAGUAGGUGUGCGUAUGUAUGAUAUUUGCAAACAGUGGUGAAUGAAGCUAAAGCUAAAAGGGAGUCAUUUUCCCAUAUUGUAUUUGUUGAGGUUUGAUUUUCGUUGUCAUAAAAUGCGCCUUUUCCGAGUGUUUGUACAUAAAGUCUUUCCGUGUUCGCAAAGCGAGAAAUAUAAGUGUUCACACUACACAAUAAGUACCUUUCAAGUACAGAUGCAUCUUUGACUGUUGUGACACAUUAUGUCUUAGAGAGUUCGCGUAUAGUUCGUAUCCAUUUUUUUAUGCUUUAAAGUGUUUAAAUCGGAAAUCAGUUUACUAUUUUACAACAGUUAUAAGUACACAUUGUUAUUAACUAAACCCUAUUUGGUUUCUUAAAUAAAAUGUGUAAUGAGCGAAACGUAGCUACGAAAGUACUUUAAAAAUUAGCGUACAUUUUAUAGCAUAUAAAUAAAUAUGGUUUACAGAGAACAGUCCAGAAUUAAGAAGCAUUGUCGACAACUGUGUCUCAAUGGUUCUGAUUUGGCAGCGGUUCUGAAAAGGCAAUCGGUUUACAAGUGCUACAAAAAUUAGCCACUUUUUAUUUUAUAUAAUGCCGAGUAGACGUAGCCUAUAUCUAAUUAGAACAAUGAUAUUAUUCAACAAUGUUGGUGGUUACCUUUAAUUCUGAAUAAGAGUGACUAUUUAGGUAAGCGUGACGCCGUCAGCGAAUAUGCAUCAUGUGGAGGGAAAAGUGAUAUUUACAUUUCUUUGCAAAGUGGUGUGCCUAGGAAGCAACCAGUAGUGGUUAUUCUGAAAUGUCUUUGAAAAGCCUCACCAAUUCAAUUAUAAUACUCAUACGCAUCACAAACAAGUUUACUAAUAGAUCAAUCUAAUUUUUCGUGAUGACGUGACUUCCUCCACAGGACUUUUUCGCUCAUAACGUCAAAAGUUUGUAUUUAAUGUAUAUAAUAUUUCUAUAAUGGUAUAUCUAAAUAUGCUUAAUAAAUACUUUUAUUCUA